GUGGCUCGGCCUCUGUAAAGCAGGAGCGGGGAUUCCACGGGACCAGCUCGGUGGUGCCGGGACCAGGCAGUCCGGACUUUGCACUCGCUGACGAAGUCCUGAAGGAAGUCACGGACCAUAAGUCUGGGGCCGUAUCGAUGCUGCCUGCCCCUGCUGGAUUAUCUACAGGCGAUGCCCUUGCCGUGGCCUCGGGUUCAUCGACAGUCCCUGCAUCCGGACAACCACCGGACUCGCAGCAGCCACCGGCGCCGGAGUGGUGGUACCGGGUUCCUCUCUUCUGGUUCCUCGUCUGGCUCGCUCCGCAAUGCCACGGGCUCUGUCGAACUGGCUUUCCUGUCUCAGGACCCAAGCGUUCGUGCCGCAGAGCUUGCCCGCGCCGCGCAGCAGCGCAAGAGCAGCCAUGCGCUUCGCGGCAACGUCGAAGACGCCGAUGCCAACUGGUUGGUGCGGCGCGCUCACAGCGAACUUGAGACCAGCGCUGCCGAGAAGCAGCGUUCUUCUAUUCCGCCGUCUCACCCGGUGUCGCUGGAGGCCAUUCGCGUCGGCUCUUCGUCUUCGUCGUCAACGACGGUGCCCGCAAAUGUCAGGCACGUCCGGAGGAGCGUCGAGUUCUCACGCCCUCCGCUGAUGAACGACGGCGCCAUUAAGACGAUCGCAGAGCAGCCGGCUGCAGAGACUCCGGCUAGCGCGGCAUCAAGCGGGUCGAGCAGCAUGAAAUCAUUAGUAAGGCAUCGCUCUCUCGAUGCGGCCACGUUGAGGCGGAGGAGUGGGCGCAGUGGUGGCAGUGAAAAGAAAGAUGAUGAUAGGACUAGUGUUGUGGCAUCGGGCGGUGCAGAGGGUCACACAUCAACAGGCAGGUGUUUCCCAUCAACUGAUAGCGUGUCGUCCGCAUCUGGUGAAUCCGAUCGCAGCAGCAGCCAUUUCACAGUUAUAUACAAGCCACUGGAUCCGUGCAGUGGAAAUCCACAGGAACUUGACCUGCCCGAACAGUAUCCAGGAUGGCUCGAAGGGAAUCCCAGGAAUCCAGAGCCGCUCCCGUCUCCAGCCUGUUCAGAGCGUAGCAGCGUUGCCGGAUUGGAUUGGCUGUUUUCCGGAGCUACUAGCCAACCAGUGAAUGAGGCGAAGGCGUUGGUACCUUUGGAGCUCUGCAAGGAGCAGGCAGAGCCGAAGCCGUCUUCCCCACAGCGAUCAACCGAAGGGGUUGAGACCACGGGCGACGCGGACUCCAGUCUCUCAUGGCAGUGCGACGGAGCUGUCAUGCGGGCCCGCAGCAGAUCGUCAGAGCAGAGCCUCUCUGACGGCAGCUCCCCAUCGUCUCCGGACGAGAUGACCCCCCUCGGUGCCUCGGGACGCCUUUCAACCGCUCUCGGUGCCAUCCCCAAACAGUACAUGGAUGACGCCAGGGGGGACCAGGCAAAUCCGCCACUUGCGGGAGCGUUCACACGGACGACAGUGCGGUCACUUCUGAGCCGUCGCCUGCUCGACAUUCUCAACCUCAACGACCCGCAAGAGUGUGAGGCAGAGCUGCAAAAGUUGAAGAGAGAGUUGGACAUUUGCCGACGGCUUGCCUCUAAUGCCGAGGACACACCACCGAGUUUCUCGCCGCAGACUUCCAAAGCUCCAGCAGCAAAUCGGAAACGUCCAAAGCUGGCGGCGACUCGCCGGAAAGCCAGUUAUGGCACCUCCGAGUUUCUGUCUCUUCUGCCUAGCACCCCUGCUUUGCCUCAGGCCGAUGGGGAGAAGGAUGAAGAGUCAGCAACGGCGGUAGACGGCUGGACUUCAUCGGGCCGAAAAAACUGCACCGACAGGGGACCACCGGCCUAUCUUCUGGCCAGCAUCCUGUCGACGCCCGGUACCCACUUGGCCAUUUCGCAUGACGACACUUCGCCCGGCGCAGUGCACUGCUUCCAAGACGAGCAUGGGAACUGGCAGACGUACACGUUUGAUGAGAACAGCACAGGCGUGUCCAGGGGCCUGGAGAUGUCACCGGACACCAAGAUAUUCCAAAUGAUGUUCGACAGCAAGUGGGAGACGUCGUCUCACAGUAGCUCAAGCUCGAGCUCCACCACUCUGCUCGACAGUCCCGCAGCUUCCGCCGCAGCACCCUCUCACGGCGGCACAUGCCCGAUCGCCAUGGGCUUCAGCCCAGCCCCCGGCAUGACGCCCUGUGUGACCACCACGGAGGCGUCUUCCUCUAUCGCCAUGGCAAGCAGCUCGAAGCUCCGCCCCUCCCCUCAUCAUCCCCAGCACCGUUCACACCACCACGCCCAGCAUCAUUCGCAGCAGCAGCAACAUCAGCAACAGCUCCUACAAGUGCAGCCGUCGUCCUCGUCGUCGCUUCAGCAGUAUUCUCAUCAACCUCAGCACCGCCAUCGCCGGCGCGGUCACCACACCGGUCCCCGUGGUGACGACAUUGUAGGGGGAGUGCCGUCUACGCUGGACCUUUCGCUCCCGUCCGGCAUGGGGGCGGCGGCUCUCGGACUGCGUCGGGGCGGGGCUACGUUGCUGGAGAACCGGUUCGAGUUUGGUGCUGCCGGUGAAGGGGCUGGCGUCCGGUUUGAUGGUUCGCGAGGUAGCAGCGGUCCUGUUCUCCUGGCUGAGUCCCUCCUCAGUCGCAUGGCCAUGGCAGCUGCAGCAAAUGGUGGUGGCGUCGGGCCUGCGACGUUGUCGCAGACUGCAUCUUCACAGGACACCGAGCUGGACUCGACGUGUCACAUGCGGUUUGUGGGCAGCGGGACGCUGCGGGGCGGCAAACCGCGCCACUACUACCGCUUCCGACUGCUGCCUUGCAAGUCCAUCAAAGUUGGGUUUGACCGCUUGGCCCUCAUCACAGUCCUAGACAGGAACCUGACAGUGGUGGAGAACGUCCUGUCCAUUGUCCUGGCUGUCCUGGUGGCUGUCCUGGGCUCCCUGUGUCUCUCCCAAGGCUUCUUCCAGGACAUCUACAGCUUUCUUUUCUGCUUCGUCAUGGCCAGCUGCCAGUACUGUCUGCUCAAGAGUGUUCAACCAGAUGCUGCCUCUCCGACCCACGGGUACAACCGGGUUGUCUUGUACAGCCGUCCUGUCUACUUCUGCCUGUGCUGCUCGAUGCUCAUGCUCGUGCAGUUUCUGCUUGACUCGAACAUCGAGUACCCGCAGGUCACCCUGUACGGUAUGCGUCUCGUCACCGAUGCAGCCGUUGCGUGGGCGCGAAGCUUCCUCAUAGUGUUCAUCCUGGCAUUCCCGGUGACCUUCAGCUUGGGGUUGCUGCCCCAGGUGAACACAUUUGUGACGUACCUGCUGGAGCAGAUUGACAUGAACCUGUUUGGCGGAUCGGCGACCACUGGAUUGGUGUCGGCCAUAUAUUGUGUCUCACGAAGCCUGGCAUUUGUGGUGUGCCUGUUCGGACUGGCCUACGUUGCACUGAAGGAGGGCCAUAACCCGUCGCAGCACAUCAUGUUCUCCCUAUUCUGCGGUUUCCUCGUCACCUCAUGCUAUCUGCUCAGUAGGAGUGCCAGUGAUCCCACCAUACUCUGGAAUCUUAUCAAGCGCCACCUGUGGUCAGAUAGCGCACCAACUGCCAAUGCCACAGACAGCGCUCCUGAAUAUGUAGAUCCACUGCCGGCAAAACUAGAAAAAACAUUUAGGGCCAGGUUGAGGACGGACGCGAUACACUGCGUCUUCGUGGCAAUCUUCGUGUUUGCGGUGCACGUCAGCACGAUGUUCUCGGCACUUCAGCCAUACCUGGAAAUGUUGCUUCACCUUACGGCCGUCGUGUGGGGUCUGCUGCUGCACUAUGUGCUGCCCCAGCUGCGAAAGCAGUUGCCCUGGCUCUGCUGUGCUCACCCCAUCCUCAAGUCGAACGAGCACCAGCAGUUCGAAGUGCGCGAGCCGGCCCGAGUGAUGUGGUUCGAGAAGCUGCAAGUGUGGAUGUGGUUCAUUGAAAAGAACAUCAUCUACCCUCUGCUUUUUCUCAGUGCCGUGAGCACCAGCACACCUGACAUCAUCAACCGCUUCGGUGUCGCCGGUGGCUGCCUGGUGUUGGUGGUGUGUGCCCUCAAGUGCCUGCGCAGUGCCUUCAACGACCCUUCACAGCACUUCCUCGUGCUGCUCUUCACGGUGCUGUUUUUCACCUACGACUACCGGGGACCCAACGAACCAUUUCUCAUCAACUACUUCUGCUGUUUGUUCAUCUUCUCCAAGGUGUACGAGUUGCUGCUCAAGAUUAGCUUCAUCAUCACAUACAUUGCCCCCUGGCAGAUUACAUGGGGAUCAGCAUUCCAUGCUUUCGCGCAGCCCUUCAGCGUCCCACACUCGGCCAUGCUUUUCGUGCAAGCCAUCAUCUCGGCGAUCUUAUCGACACCACUAAGCCCCGUCCUUGGUAGCGCCAUAUUUUUCACCUCGUACGUCAGGCCUGUCAAAUUCUGGGAACGGGACUACAACACGAAGAGAGUGGACCACUCCAACACUCGGUUGUCAUCACAGCUGGAACGAAAUCCAGGCUCGGAUGACAAUAAUCUCAACUCAAUCUUCUACGAGCAUCUGACGCGGUCCCUGCAGCAGUCGCUGUACGGAGACCUCGCACUCGGACGGUGGGGCAACGUGACGCAGGGCGACUGCUUUGUGCUAGCCUCAGACAACCUCAACUGCCUGCUGCACAUCAUUGAGCUUGCCAAUGGGCUCGUGACGUUCCAGCUCAGGGGCCUCGAGUUCAGAGGCACCUACUGCCAGCAGCGCGAGGUAGAGGCCAUCUCGGAGGGCGUCGAGGAGGAUGAAGGCUGCUGCUGCUGCGAGCCGGGCCGGCUUCCGCACUUGCUGUCGGCCAACGCGGCCUUCGGCCAGCGCUGGCUCGCCUGGCAGGUGGCAGCUGCCCGUUACGUUCUCGAGGGCUACUCCAUCUCGGACAACUCGGCUGUCUCCAUGUUGCAGGUGUUCGAGCUGCGCAAGGCACUCGUUACCUAUUACGUCAAGGCCAUUGUCUACUACACGGUCACCUCUUGUCAUCUGGAAGAGUGGCUGGCCCUGCCAACGGUCAGGGACGCGCUGCACCCAACUUUAGACAGGAACUACACGGAUGUGGACCCAGUGUUCAACAUGAACAUCGACGAAGACUACGAUUAUCGAGCCUCAGGAAUAUCGCGCAGCUCCUUCUGCAACGUCUACCUCGACUGGCUGCAGUUCUGUGUUGCCCGCUCGGGAAAGAACCUCGAGCAUGACCGAAACUCUUUGGUCGUGUCUCUGUGCUUCUCGCUCAGCCUUUUGGCACGGCGCGCCUUGGGCACUGCAUCUCACAACUCGUUCUCAAGCGUGGACCUCUUGCUGUACGGCCUGCAUGCUCUAUUCAAGGGCGACUUCCGCAUCACCUGUGUUCGGGACGAGUGGGUUUUCCAGGACAUGGAACUCCUCCGUCGAGUGGUCGCACCCAGUGUGCGCAUGGCACUCAAGUUGCAUCAGGAUCACUUCCUCUCUGCUGAGUAUGAUGACCACGCUACGCUUUACGACGCCAUUAGCAACUACGAAAAGAACCUGGUCAUCUCCCACGAAGCCGACCCAGCCUGGCGCAACGCUGUGCUGUCGAGCGUCCCGUCGCUUCUGGCUCUGAGGCACGUGUUCGACGACAGCUCGGAUGACUACAAGAUCAUAAUGCUGAACAAGCGGCAGCUAAGCUUCCGGGUGAUCAAGGUGAACCGCGAGUGCGUCCGCGGCCUGUGGGCGGGACAGCAGCAGGAACUUGUGUACCUGCGCAACCGCAACCCGGAGCGUGGCAGCAUCCAGAAUGCCCGCCAGGCACUGCGAAACAUCAUCAACUCGUCGUGCGACCAGCCCAUCGGCUACCCCAUCUAUGUUUCGCCACUCACAACGUCGUUCCUGGAGACGUCGGAGCAGCUGUGCGGACUCAUCGGCGGACCGCUUAGCAUCUCGCGGUUCGGCGGUGCCCUUCUCGGCUUCUGGAAUCGCCUCAAGAUACGAUGUGGCGAGGGCUGUUCGAGUGGUGGCACGGCCAUACAAGAUGACAACAUAUUCGACUACACCAUGGCUGGUUCACUGUCGGGAAGCAUUUCGAGAGCCCGCCGCAGCCACUCGAGCGGCUCGCACUCUGUGAGCUACACUGGGACGGACACUGGGAGCAGCAAUGGGGGCGGCGGCGCGAACGGUGGCGGCAUCGGCGCCAGCCUGGACCAGGGAAGCCGCAGCGUUGGCCGGACAUCGGCCUCGAGCAGCAUAGGCCGUGGCAGCACAUUGAGCAGCCUCGGCCGGAACAGCACCAGCUUCACAAGGACCUCGCUAAACAACCUAACGGUGUCUUCAUCGCUCGUGUACAAGCCUGGCGGCACGACGCCCAGCAGUGGCAUGACGGUGCUGAGCACCACACCGUCGAGGCAGCUGCCGCAGCCAUUCAUCGUCGAGCAGCCAUCUUCGGGACCAUUCCUGGUGGAGGUUACGCGGAGGAGCUCGGCGUCGGCUGCAGUGUCUCCACUCUAUUCGGGAAGCAUAGCGGCCAACAUACCGAGCCUUGCUGCAAACCUGAGCGGUCUCGUCGGCAUUGCUGGGACGUCGACGACUGGUGUUCCAACAAGCAUCCCCACUACGUCUGCGAGUGCCCUCCGAGAGACAGCAAUGGUCUCCGCAGUGCAGUCAGCAGAGAAGGUUAACAUCUGAAUGAGUUUUGGAACAAAUUGAACAUGAAGAACAUUCGGAUGCAUCUUGUGUGUUUUCACUUGGUUAAGUGACCAAGGCUGAGCGAUCUCACGUGAUUGUACUGCUACUACUUUCCACAAGCUACAGUCAGUAGUGCCUUCCUGGAUACUGUGGAGUCUACUGUACUUAUCCUCAAGAGAUGACAUUCAACUCGAGCUGAAUGUGCAAAUCUUCGAUUCAACAUUCAUGUGCUCUGCUUAGAGAAUGAGGCAAGGUGCACAUGUAGCAAUUCUGUUACCAUCAUAGAUUUCCUCUCUGAGUUGAUGCUGUGGAGAGAAAUUUGUCACCAGCCAAACUGUUUUGUCCAACCGUGACAGCACAUGGACUUUUCGGCAUGCUGGGCAUGCUGUUAAUGUGGUUGAUCUCGUUUGGUAUUGAAGGGAAAUGUUUGGCUGCCAUUUUGAUGGCUGGUCCUUGCAAGUGAAGCAAGAAGAUGCUCCCAGCCAGGACACUGGGAUGUCAACAAAGUCCAUGUCAUAGUCACUUUAUGCACUUUCAAGUGGGAUGAUGAUUUUUCUAACCUGCUGAUUAGUGUUUUUCACUUGUUUUAUCAACAGGUGGUACCUCGACGUUUUGAUUUGACUGCCGCUGUCAACUUACUCUGCAGUUGUCUCUGCAUUCUGUGGAGAGUCAUGAUGGAGCAAGUACAGUACACUUUAUGCUGAGUGAUCAUAGGACAUACCUUGAGGAUAUAGUGAUAUAGGCAAGGCUAGUGGACUUCGAAAACCUCACUCUUAUGUCACACUUGUGGAAUUCGCGAGCACAUUUUUCGACUCACUCGGUUGAGACUCGGUCGAAACCCUGCAGUGUGGUACUUUCUCAUAAGCGGCUCGACAAGUUUUUUUCGUCGUACCUGGGAAUCGCUCUUCUCUUUUCUCACGUUAUGAGCCCAAGUUCUCGCCUUUCUUGGGCUUGUAUUUUUGAGUGUAGAUACAAGUCAUGCGAACCUAGUACCCAAAUUGAUGGGGAGAAGGGAUGACAGUUUCCAGCCACAACUGCAAAGUUGACUCUCCUGUGUCCAUGUUUUUGUUUUUGUGUGUGUAUGUCUGCGCAUGUGUGUCGGUAUGUUCACGUCGUACCUCAUUACCUCUGAUGACUGCAGUGUGUCGACAUUUUUUCGCAGAUCACCUCUUUAUUACAAAUCACAUAUAAUGAAACUUCAGGUACAAUGAAAUAAGUGAGGAAUAGUCUUGCUGCUAAUGCAGUGUUGUAAAUACAUACCCAUAGUGGAAUUUUCGGAUACAUUGUAAAGGUACUUCUUGAAUCGGAUUUGACUUUUAUCUAUAGAUGUUUGACGGUAUUGUUUUGUUUUCCUUUGAGUAAGGUUUCACUGGCUUUCAUAUGGCAAUUUUGCAGUAAUCCUGUUGCUUUUUGAGAACUUGCUGUUAAAAUUUUAUAGGUUUUUUUUUUUCAAUAUUUUUUUGCGUGAACUGUGAGGCCAAUUUCCAAGAGCUCAAACAGUGUUUUUUUCGUUGUGUUUCUUUUUAGCAAUAUUUUGUUCGAGCCAUCACCAUCAGUCCCAUCUACUUAAAAAGUGUAUCACCGUUCUGGUGCUGAUGUUUUUUGUAAUUCUUGCUGGUGGUUGUGGCUGUCGACUUGUUUUUGUGCUUCUCACAUGGACUCUGCGAGAAAAAUCCAAAUCCCCAUGUUUUAUAUGAUUGCGUAGUAUUGUCGACACUAGUACAUGAACUGUGUUCCUGCCACAUUUAAACACUGUUGCAGAAUGCCAACUGAAAAGGUGUAGGUUUACUGGGAUCAAAUCAUUUAAGCAAUCCUUUUUUGGCCAGCACUUUCUUGUGUUUUAAUAAGAAUAUGCCUUCCGACCUUACAUAACGUCCAUACUUCAGAUUCCUUCCAGCUUGCUUCUCAAUUUUUUAUUUGCCUGUCUUUCGACUGCAGUGAGAAUGGGGCCAUUAACGAGAGAUUUAAUUUCACGACUCGUACUGAUUCUUGCAGUGCGGCAUGUUUUGCAUUGAUACUGGGGUUACUGUUGAUGAUGCUGGGGAAAAUUCCACGAGCGAGCCUGUCUUCAGAAGGUUGCGAAUUCUGUAAGCCACAGAGUGCAGUUUGUGACUUCUUGGGGAGCCUGCAAGAAUCUAGAUAAGUUUAGGUGCAUGUUUAGAUUUUCAAAUUUAUGUUUAGAAUAACAAGUUUAGUUUCGGCACAUAUAGAAUGAACUUUUUGAUGUAUGAGUAAAGGAAAAUUAUUAUGUAUUAUGACAAUACAUAGGACUACCAGUUACAUGUUCCGAGGUAUCAGGCUGUAUCUGUAGAGCACACUAAUCAUGCUUUCCAGAUUAGUGCAAAUAUACGCAAACAGCCUACAUAUCUUUUAAAUUUGGGCUCAUGCCCUCCUAGGUUCAGUAAAUGCAGAUAUUGCUAACACAAAUUUGCAAUGUAAUCUUUGUGAUUAGUAAUUCGUUUUUUACAAAUAUAAUGUUGCUUAUGCUGUAGGCAAAUCAGGACCGAAUAGCAUGUUCUGCAGACAAGCUUUCUCAGGGAGCUUUACGUAUGUUGCCAAUUUGCAAUAUGAAGCUACUUUCCGUACAGGCACCGAUAAUAUAAUGUAUGAAUGUUUGGCCCUUCAUGGGAUUAAUUUUUUGACAUUUUUUGGGGUGGUACUAUAGAUGACUCUAGAGACAAUAGAGACCACUUGGGAAAUUUAAGUUAAACUUUUGUUGAAUGUCAACAAGCCCACUUGUGUGAAUGUUUUUGGCUGUUUAUAACAUGUGUUGUUGAGCUUAAAUUGAUAACUGUGAAUGUGUCAGUGGGCAAAUCUUCUUACAUUUUUUUAGAAAAGUGCAUAAUUUACCACCAACUUCAAUAUUCUAAUGAUGAUUAUAUGUGGUGCGUGAUGAGAAAAGGUCUGGAAACUGGCCAAGGAUAGCCUGGAAUGAUUAUUAUCUCAACCAUGCUAGUACAAAUGACAGCAUAUUUUCUUGAUUGGUGCCUGUUUGCCAGUAGACGUUGCUAUAUUGUCCUUAGGACGGGCACUUGAACAAAAUUAAGCUAUGGUCAGAACUAAGUGAGCAGAAAAGAGCACUUUUGUGUUUUAUAACAGUGCUGGCAUGUUGUCACAUCAGCUGCAAAUGUAGCUUCGUUCUCUACUAGGACAAAAGACUUUUUAAAAGCUCUUUUCAAUGCCGUGCAUUAAAAUAAUAAAGUUUGAAAUUAGGGUUCCAGAUCUUCAUAACUAUUUUUCAACAAUUAGUUUCUUUAUUUAUUUGUUUUUGUUAGCUGCUGUGCUGACAGGUUAAUGAUUCCUAUGAUGACAAUGUUGCUGCAUCUAAACAGUAGAAGAAGGGGGACAAGAAGGAAUGAAAUUGGCGAUUAGAAAAUGCAAUUCCAUGGUGCUUUAAUUGCUCAACUUGAAGUUUGAGUAAUAAGCAAGCUUCCUAAAUUAUUUGCCCUGCCUCUAGUAGGAAACCACUGUGCAACAUUAGUUUUAGUUUCAGCAGCUUUGCGUGGCUGCCUAAAAACAUUUCAGUUCUGCAAGUGUCAUUGUUCACCAUUCUGUUAUCUUUUACAUGCAUUUUAUCGCUAAGGAAUGGUAGGAGCAUUCGUGUGCUUAAAUACCUAAUUCAUUUCGACUGUAGUGUUAACCAUGGGUUGUACACCCUCUGCUUAUUAAAGAAAUAUCUUGAUAAGCUUAAAUAAAUAUAGCGGAACCCUGUAGCGGCAAUGGAUGUAGUGGAGGCCUGCGUGCUUCACAUAUUCUUUUUAAGAAGUGAUGAGAGCACUUAAAGCCAGAGGAAGAAAGCUAGGUAAAUCCACGUACGGACGACUGUAUCUAUUCCACUUGAAGCGUAAGCAUAUAAAUGAGCAGCAAUACCAGUGACACAUACCAGCGAAACAUAACAAAGGGGGUGUCCACUACUUUGUUCACUGUGUGUGGAAUAAUGAUUGCAACCUUUUGUCUGUGUUGGGCUUGAGUUAUAUGGCUUUUGAAUCGCUUCAAGUAAUACUUAUCAUUGUGUACUGCUGUACAUGCAAAGACUAGAUGCUUCAAUGUGUUCAUUUCAUCAAUCGAAAACUACAGACUUGGUUGUUCUGAUUGAAUUUAUGAUACGAAUAGCAGUGUUUGCUGUCAUUCUGUUUAGUGUCAGAGCUGGCUUACGUCAGUUGUAGACUAUGCAUUCGUAAACUAAAUGACAGCAUCAAUAAGUGCAUGGGAUGCCAGUUCAUGGAGUGUUGCAAUUUUUACUUCGGUUUUCAUGUUUUGCUAGCGUAAAGUUUACUUUCUGGAGCUGCAGUUUUACUCUGUGGAAGUUCUGAGGAGUCCAGCAUCUUGCCGAUUUCCUCUUUGAUGAUUCAACUGGUAAAUAAUAUCAGUGGUUGUAUUUUACUAUGAAAACUAAUUGGAAAGGGAUCAAGUUAGUGCAGUAAUUCAUGUUUGCAUUUGUUGUUUCUAAUUUAUGAGAACCUUCUCAUUUUAAAUUUUGUCGUACAUUCUAAUUUACCAUGAGAAUGCUAUCGCCUUGCUGACGCAGCUCCUUCGUUGUGGCAGAUGGUAUCAUGUACUGAACCUAAAUAGAAUCAACUCCACCUAUAGCCGAUUCAUGCAGUGCUUGUACAAGGGUUAUCGUCUUGUUUUUUUUUUUCUUUAUUGCUGUUAUGAAAGCAAAAACAGCAGCCUAUGUCGUGGUGCUUGCAAGUCAUGAGCAAAAAACUCGCUAGUCACCUUUUAAGCCUGCCGUAGAAGACUUCUCACUUUCACUCUUUUUUCAACGGGUACCAGUUGUACAUACUGUACAGAAAGAAGCGACAACAAAAGAUGGUCGGACACAUUUCGUUACUAUGAGGCGUCCAUUAUGGCUUAGAACAAUUCUUCGAGCAUGUGAUAAAGAACAUAUUGUCUGUACAUAGUUUGUGUUCCACCCUUUGUUUCUGGCUUUGGUUCUUAACCUCUUGACAGCGUAUGUGUUUGUGUGUGCUGUCUAAAAUGAGAUCUUGUGGAAUGAACUGGACUUCUACGAGCAGUGGUAACAGCGGUUACACUCUUGAAUUUGGUCUGCAGGAACUGAAUGCUUGGGAACCUAGUCUUGAACUAAGGCACCAUUUCUUUCUCUGCGUGAGUGACUCUUGCGUGAAUGUGACUUGCAUAUACCUCCCCUCGGGAUGAAGCAACCGAGAUGAAUUUGUCAUUUCAGUGUUUUUUUUCUACUGGUUUGUAAGUUACCGUUGGCGAGUGGGUUGAAGAGGUUCCUUCUUGUAUUCUUAUGUUCCUGGGAACUAGUGUAUUGAGGACCCGUGAUUGUGUUGCUUUUUGUAUUGCCUAUUAAACUCUGAAUGCAGAAAGAA